CCAGAUGUUGACAGGAAGUUGCUUUUUGUUUUUUUUUAUGACAGUAACAUGUGAAACUAAAUUCAGUUCAUUUCAGGCUCUCUGAGAGUCACACAGCAGGAAAAUGCCUGAACCUGAAGUCCUGUAUUCUGAUGUGAAGUUCAGCAGACCGAAGGCCAACGCCGCAGACACAUUUUCCCCAUCGGCCGACACAACUUACUCUGAGGUCAAGGUUGCAAAAAAGCAGCCGCCUGAAGAGCCGCCUGACGAGUCGAGCGGAAAGUUGAACGUCACCUCGGAGAGAGUCGCUCUGCUGGUUCUCAGUGUUCUGCUGGCAGCUGCUGUCAUCGCUCUCGGUGUUACCGUGUUUGACAACAAAAGAACUAAGGAAGAUCUCAGAAGGCUAAAAAUGAAGUUUGAAGUUGGAAAUCAAAGUCUCUCAGAUGGGCCAUGUCCAAAAUGUGAAGCAGGCUGGGAGCAUCAUGGAGGAAAGUGUUAUAACUUCACCACCAAUAAAUCAUCCUGGGAAGAGAGCAGAUGUUUCUGCCAAAGUCAAGGAGGAGAUCUGGUGAAGAUAGACAGCAGUGAUGAGCAGAGUUUCCUGGAGAGACGACUGAAAGACGUAAUGAAUGAAGCUGAGGACAAGUUCUGGAUCGGCCUUACAGACUCAGAAGAAGAAGGCAGAUGGUUGUGGGUGGACGGCUCACCGCUGAAUGAAAGGUUGAAGUUCUGGAACUACAAGGAGCCGGACAACUGGACAGGGAAAGAUCCCAAUGGAGAGGACUGUGUGAGGAUGGGGGAGAAAGUUGGAGCUCCUGACCUGAAGUGUUGGUUUGAUAAAUCCUGCAAAGUUCCUCACAAAAGUAUUUGUGAGAAACCAGAAAAAACGGGCCAACGUUCAUAUGUGUGUGUCUAAAGUUCAGGCUUAGAAACAAUCUCAGUACAGGAUACAGAAGGUGAAGCGAUGCUGUUUUAAUAAAGCUAAAGUCACAAACAAUUAAAGAUUCCCUGCAGAAAAAAUAAAACUCUUCUUGCUGAA